AUGAAGAUGACAUGGCUUAUGGAGGGCUGUGUCAAUGGUCAUGCGUUCACCAUCGAAGGAGAAGGCACCGGCAAACCCUACGAGUACGUUUAUGUGAAAUAACGAUCAACCUGUAAAUUGUCCUUUUGCGUGGAUGCAUUGCUGGUCUAACCAAAGCAAAUUUGGUUAUUUCAGUUAUGUUUCCUUUGGCCGUUUGUGUCAUCUGCGUAUGGCUGUCUUGGAGAAAGGGGUUUAUAAAUCUAAGCUUUAUAUAGUAACUCGUCCAGAAGUCAUUGUGCGCAAGUCACUUAUGUGAUGAAAACGCACCAAAAUAGUCAUAUGCUAGUGAUCUCGUUAAUGAAAGACCACAAUAUCGAAAAUCCUCUCCAUCUGAAUAUUUCAGAGGCAAACAAACGGGGACAUUCCGUGUUACAAAGGGCGGACCCCUUCCAUUUGCCGUAGACAUAGUGGCACCGACCUUGAAGUAUGGAUUCAAAUGUUUUAUGAAGUACCCUGCUGAUAUUCCUGACUAUUUCAAGCAAGCAUUUCCCGAAGGUCUGACAUACGACAGGAAAUUAACAUUUGAAGAUGGAGGGAGUGCCACGGCCACCGUGGAAAUGAGGUGAGUAAUUACUUACUAUUUAACUGUUAAUCAGCUUUUUUAACUUGCAGAUUGGACAAAGAUCUUUGAGUUACAUCUAUGAAUGAUUGAAAACAAAAAUCAUUUAAGUUUUCUUGCAUAAUCUGCAACACUACACAAAGAUUUGGGCUCGAUGUGAAAAAGUGAAAAUUCACGACAGAUUUCCAUGAUGAAUACCAUCAUGGAAGCCUCAAAAGUGCAGUAAUACAGCUACAACCGCUUGCUUCUCAAAAAUGAUUAAAUGGCAAAAUUAAAAAUUGACCUAAUUUUUUUAUAUUCGUCACUUUCUUCCUUUCAGGCUAAUUUUUCUUUUAACAUAGCAAUCUAACCUGUUGGUUUAGAGGUUUUAAAAUAUUUUUACCUCGUAAGGUGGACUCAAAAUGUAUGUUUUAUUCAUUUUGCGUUCUGAAAUGCUUUCUACUAUGACAGCCUCAAAGGAAACACUCUUGUGCACAAGACCAAUUUCCAAGGAGGCAACUUUCCCAUCGACGGGCCUGUCAUGCAAAACAAGACGCUUGGCUGGGAACCAACCUCGGAGAAAAUGACUCCUUGUGAUGGAACAAUCAAGGGAGACACUAUCAUGUACCUUUUGGUCGAAGGAGGGAAAAUGCUGAAAUGUCGAUAUGAAAACAAUUACAGGUAA